AAAACAAAUGCCGCCAUGCCCAUCGUGCUGCCCGCAGACAGAGAGGCGCAGCACGAGACGGCACCCCAGCCAGCCAAGAAUCUCCCCUUGUGUAGGCAGGGCUCCCCAUUUCAGCUCCCGUCACUUCACUGCCAGCCAGUACAGUCCACGAGCACCACGUGCCAUCGCCCAGCAUACCGAGGCGGCGAUAAGCCCAUGGCCAUGGAGAAGGCCGCCUCCUUCCUCUCCUCCCUCAUCGGCGGCGGGGGCGGGGAGCCGGCGGCGACGGUGAAGUCCAUCCUCAUAUACCCCAUCAAGUCCUGCCGGGGCAUCGCCGUGCCCCAGGCCCCCAUCGCCUCCACUGGGUUCCUGUGGGAUCGGCAGUGGGUGGUGGUGAACGCCAAGGGGCGAGCCUACACCCAGCGGGUGGAGCCCAAGCUCGCGCUCGUCCAGGUGGACAUGCCGCCGGAGGCCUUCGCCGAGGGCUGGCACCCCACGGCCGACGACCACAUGGUUAUCACAGCACCCGGAAUGGACCCUUUGAAGAUCCCUCUUGCUGCAGAAUGCGCAACAAUUGAUGAUGUCUCUGUGUGGGAGUGGUCUGGCUCUGCGUAUGACGAAGGAGCUGAAGCAGCCGAAUGGUUCUCCACUUACUUUGAGAAGCCAAGUCAACUAGUGCGCUUCAAAGAAGCAUCAGAAACUAGAUCGUGUUUUCAAGAUUAUUCCCCAGGUUACAAGAUCAUGUUUUCAGAUUGCUUCCCGUUUCUGAUAGCCUCUCAGGGCUCACUGGAUGCACUAAAUGAGAUUCUUAAAGAACCUGUACCAAUGAACCGCUUCAGACCAAAUAUUUUAGUGGAUGGAUGCCACCCAUACUCAGAGGACCUGUGGAAAACCAUAAAGAUAAACAACCUAACAUUUGAAGGUGUGAAGUUGUGCAACCGUUGCAAGGUGCCAAACAUUAAUCUGUACAAUGGAAUACAUGGCCCUGAACCAACUGAAACUCUACUGACAUUUCGGUCCGACCAAGUGCUACGUCCAAGCUUAAAUACACGGCAGGUGUACUUUGGUCAGAAUUUAGUCUGCAAGGAAUCUCUAUCAGGAAAGGGCAAAGGAAAGAUCAUCAAGGUUGGCGAUCCAGUUUAUGUUCUGCAGGCAUUCGCUUCUGCUAAUGAAGCCCCAGCCUGAAUCAGGGCUUUUCAGGUUUCCCAUGUGCAAGGGACUAUAGUGGCCUACAAAUCGAGGUAUCAAUAAAACAUGAUAAAUGCAUUUGUCAUGUGCACUGUGCCUCAGAUUAAAAAAAAGUCAGCAAGCUGUUAAGACUGUUGAAUGAUGCAAUAAAACAUUUCCCAUUGCACAACUCA